CCUCAUCAUCAACUCUCCUUCAACUUCAAGUCAUCUCUACACUCUACUACCGCCUGCGGUCUCCAGUUCAAUACAUAAAGUUUUAUAUAAUCUGACCUUCAACUUCAAAUUUUUCUUCACAAUCAUUUGAUUCAAUCUAGCUGCAGCUCCACUCGUUCUCUUUCAGUUGCACAUACACCUUAUCAAAUGAUGAGACCAUCCAAAACCAACUUGCCCUCCAACCUUAAACUAACCAUUCUCGGUAUCUUUCUUGCUUUUCUUCUCAUUUUCAUCUUAAGAACAAAUUUCUCAUCUUCGCCACAAGAUUCAACUUCAAUUUCACGAAAUGGAACAUCAAAAGAAUCAAAUUCCAUUGAAGUAGUAAAACCAAGAACGAAGUGCCCAUCUUCUGAUCAACCCAUAAAAACCUGCAACAAAAUCCCAUCAACCAUUGCGGAAGCUCUAAUGCAUUACUCAACCUCAAACAUCACACCUCAACAAACAUAUAGCGAGAUUUCAGUUACCGCUAAAAUACUAGAAAAGAAAUCUCCAUGCAACUUUCUAGUCUUUGGUUUAGGCCAUGACAGUCUAAUGUGGAGCACAUUAAAUCACGGUGGACGGACAGUUUUUCUAGAAGAAGACAAGUCGUGGAUUGAACAGAUUAAAGAGAGGUUCUCGAUGUUAGAAUCUUACCACGUCGAGUACGACCACAAAGUUAACCAGGCAGACAAUUUGAUGGGACUUGCCAAACGCGACGAAUGCAAAUUAGUAGGUGAUCCAAGACAUUCUGCCUGCCAACUAUCUCUAAAAGGAAUGCCAAAUGAGAUUUAUGAAAUAGAAUGGGAUUUAAUCAUGGUUGAUGCUCCGACCGGGUAUCACGAGGAAGCACCAGGAAGGAUGAGUGCGAUAUACACCGCUGGGAUGAUGGCAAGAAACAGAGAAGAAGGGGAGACUGAUGUUUUUGUGCAUGAUGUGAAUAGAGUCGUGGAAGAUAAAUUUUCAAUGGCAUUUUUAUGCGAAGGCUACAUGAAGAUACAGGAAGGAAGGUUGAGACAUUUCACCAUUCCUAGUCACAGAGAGACCUCUGGAAAGCCAUUUUGCCCUUGAGCACUUCAUUUCAGCCAAGCCUUUAUAAGAAUGUGUAAUUGUUUUCUUUAUUUUUUUCUCAGGAUUUUCUAUAAAUUUGUCAUUAAAUUUCAUAAUAAUGCCAGUGUCAAGGACCAUUUAUUACACUCUGGGUCUUUUUUUAUCUAAUGUACUGGCCGUGCCAACAAAUAGGGCCAACUGAUGCAUA